GAAUUCGUAUACGGGUGGUGGAACGUGUUUUGUUGAGGUAACAGAUACUUCUCUAUCCAGGCCUGACACAAGCUGUAUCGCAGAUAACUAUUCUCACAUUAUCUUUGCCAUUCCGUUGAUGUACUGCCCCGCGUACCCGCGGUGGGACGUGCGCUGCGCCCUACCAACGACGCCCUGACGCGCUACGCGGACCUCGUAAUCUUCAACCACUGCAGUGACUCAGUCCUAUCAUUCAACAUUGUGUAUAUAUAAGGUGAGCAAAGCCGAAAACUCCAAGCUGUCGGACACUUGAAAUCCUUCCCCGCUUCGUAGCUAGGCCCACCUACUAUAUCACUCAUUACGUCACUACACAUUUCCGUACCUCCAAACAACAUACCUCUUGCUUCAAUAUGGGUGGCCAAGGACCCACGGCUUCUUCUCCUUCCCUUCCCUUUGGAAGGCAGCUGCGAAAAGACUUUUUGUUCGAUGAUGACUACAUAAACAUCAACCAUGGCUCGUUUGGCACCUAUCCCCAUCAAGUCCGCGAUGUCCUCCGCCACUGGCAAGAUCGCCAUGAAGCGCGUCCGGACCAAUUCAUUCGCUACGACUAUCCCAAGCUUAUGGUCGAGUCACGUGCGGCACUGGGUUCUCUCUUGAAUGCACCCAUCGAGACACUGGUGUGUGUGCCAAACGCAACAUCUGGCAUAAACACCGUGCUACGCAAUCUGGUGUUCGAGCCAGGUGACAAGAUCUUAUAUUUUGCCACUACCUACGGUUCCUGCGAACUCACUGUCAAGUAUAUCACUGAGACAACGCCGGCUGAGGAUGUCAAGGUCCAGUAUACCUACCCUGUUUCUGAUGAUUACCUUGUUCAGGCAUUCAGAGAUGCUGUGAAAAAGGAGAAAGAGGCGGGCAACAGAGUCAAGGUUGCCAUGUUUGACACUAUCGUCAGUUUGCCGGGCGUGCGUAUGCCAUAUGAACGCUUGACCGAGGCCUGCCGAGAGCUCGGUGUAUUCAGUCUGAUUGACGGUGCUCAUGGAGUUGGACACAUUGAAUUGGACCUGGGAAAGCUUGACCCGGAUUUCUUCAUCAGCAAUUGUCACAAGUGGCUCUUCGUUCCUCGAGGCUGUGCCGUAUUCUACGUUCCAGUAAGGAAUCAGUAUUUGAUCCGUUCGACACUGCCGACAUCUCACGGUUUCCAACCGCGUCCGAAGCCCGGCAUGAAUUUCAUCAAUCCUCUCCCUCCAAGCGGCGAUUCCCGCUUCGUCAGCAAUUUCAAUUUCGUUGGCACCAUCGACUCCUCCCCUUACCUGUGCAUUCCAGCUGCAAUUGCGUACCGCGCUUCUCUAGGUGGGGAGGCUGCAAUCCGAGAGUAUUGUUUCGACCUCGCGCGACGCGGAGGGAAACGUGUGGCUGAGAUACUUGGCACUAAAGUUCUCGAAAACGAGGAGGGAACACUGGGUGAGUGUUGCUUCUCCAACGUGCUGUUACCAUUGGACCUGUCCAAGUGCCAAGAGCUGGCGGCUAGCAAGGGCAAAGAUGUAGACAGUGUCCCAAGCGUCGUCAAAAUUUGGGCUAGCAAGGUCAUUGUCAUGGAGUAUGGCGGCUUCCAAGCUUUUAUCGAGUACGCGGGAGGUUGGUGGGUGCGGUUGAGUGCACAGAUCUAUUUGGAGAUGGCCGAUUUUGAAUGGGUGGCUGAGGUGAUUAAGAAGGUUUGCGAAAGGGCGAAUGCGGGCGAGUUCUUGGAGUGA